AUGUCGUCUGACACGGCUACUGCUGCUGAAGCGCAGGUGAGCUCGGCCGGCGCAAACGGCGAUGCUAUCAAUGGAGCUGCCAGCGGAGCUGCCAACGGAGCUGCGAAUGGAAUCAAUGGAACCGCCAACGACGUGUCCUCGACCGCCAUCGACCCUGCCGACAUCCCCCAGGCCCCUCCUGUUCCGCCUACACCGUCACCACCACCGACAGCACGCACUGCCAAGCGCCAGUCCCACGUCGUCUCGUUUGACAAAACACUCGAGAACACCCUCAAGCUCCAGACACACGACUUUGACAUCCAAGACAACGACCUUGUUGUAGUUGGUAUGGGUGCCCACUGUGAGGUGAAUUUUGUAUUGCGAAGAACACAAGAUGCUAACGGCCUGCCUGUGUCCAGACAAGGCAAAGCGCAAAAAGAACCGCCACACAUGCAUGAGUUGUAUGUAUUUCACACAACGGCCACACAGCACCAGUUCUCUAGAUCCAAAGCUAACCGCAAUGCAUGCUGCCUGCCAGCCUCCGCCGCCGACUACCGCCUCUCGAUCCCCCUCUACAAUGUCCUGUGGGCCUCCGUGUCCGACGACAACCGCCGCCUCGUCAUCGACUACGCCGAGGUCGCCUCCAAGACCCGCAUCCGGCCCGCCAAGUUUACUGUCUCGCUCGAGCCAUCCGGGCCCGACUGGCCGACGCCCGCCGAAGUCGCUGCCUGGGCGGAGCUGCUGCGCAACCGCGCGUAUGGCGACGUCCCCCAGCGGCGGCGUGCCUAUGUGCUGGUCAACCCGCACGCCGGUCCCGGCGGCGCCAUGAAGAAGUGGGAGCACGAGGCCCGCCCGCUGCUGGACGCUGCGCGUCUGUCCCUCACCGUCGUCACCACCGCCUACUCCGGCCAGGCCAUUGAGCUGUGCACCGCCCUCGACAUUGAUGCGUACGACAUGGUCUUGGCCUGUUCGGGCGACGGCCUGCCGCACGAGUGCUUCAAUGGCCUGGGGAAGCGGCCCGACGCGCGCCGCGCGCUCGAAAAGGUUGCUGUGGCCCACGUGCCCUGCGGCAGCGGCAACGCCAUGGCCUGCAACCUCUACGGCAGCCACCACGUCAGCGUCGCCGCCCUGGCCAUUGUCAAGGGCGUCGUGGCGCCCCUGGACCUGGCCAGCAUCACGUACGGCGAGACCCGCCUGCUGAGCUUCCUGAGCCAGGCCGUGGGCGUCAUGGCCGAGGUCGACCUGGCCACGGAGAACCUGCGCUGGAUGGGCAGCGCGCGCUUCACGUGGGGGUUCAUUGAGCGCCUGCUGGCCCGCAAGGUGUACCCCUGCGACCUGGCCGUCAAGGUCGAGAUUGAGCACAAGGACGACGUCAAGGCGCACUACUCGCGCCACCAAGCGCCCGCCAAGGGAAGCCGCACCACCGGCAAGAGCACCGGCACCAGCACCAUAAAAGCUGCUGGCAAGACCUCGGCCGCGGCAGCAGCAGAAUCGUCUGCGACAACGACCGUUGCCGCCGCUGACGCCGAUGCAGGCGCUGCAUCUGGCAGCGGCGGCGACACCAGCGACCAAAGUUUGCCGCCGCUGCAGUUUGGCACCGUCAACGACCCGCUGCCGGACGACUGGGAGACCAUCCCCGAAGACAAGAUGGGCAACUUUUUCUGCGGAAACAUGGCGUACAUGGCCCCCGAUACCAGCUUCUUUGCUGCGGCGCUCAUGGCCGACGGCCUCAUGGACCUCAUCACCAUUGACGGCGACAUCUCCCCGGCCAAGUCGCUCGGCAUGCUCUUGACCGUCGAGGACAACCGCCUGUUUGACAACCCGCUCGUCCGCUACCGCAAAAUCUCCGGCUUCCGCCUCACGCCCCGCAACCAAAAGGACGGCUACAUCAGCAUCGACGGCGAGCGCAUCCCCUUCUCGCCCUUCCAGGCCGAGGUCCACAAGGGCCUGGGCCGCGUCAUUGCCAAGCGCGCAACCCCCGGCUACGAAGCACCGGGCCCGCUGAACUGGGACAAGAUGGCGCCCGUUGAGCGGAUCAUGGCAUAG